AUGGUGGUGCCUUGUUUGAUCCACUUUCGCAUAAUCUUAUUUCUUACUUUCACGCUUUCAUUUUUUGCGUUUUGUAUUCUCAUUCCUGUUUCAUUGCUGCAUCAUCUUUCUCUCUCUCUCUCUUUCUUUCUUUCUUUCUUUCUUUCUGUUUUCCUAUCUGCUUUCUGUUACGUUCCCCAUUUACGUUCUUUCUUCCUUUCUUUUUUUGAAAUUACAUUUUCGAUCUUUCUUUAUUUCUUCCUUUCUGUUUUGAAAUUUAAACUGUUUGCAUCUUUCUUUAUUUCUUCCUUUCUUUCUUUUGAGAAUACAACUGUUUACAUCUUUCUUUAUUCCUUUCUUUCUUUUGAGAUUACAACCUUUGCCAUCUUUCUUUAUUCCUUUCUUUCUUUUGAGAUUACAACCUUUGCCAUCUUUCUUUAUUCCUUUCUUUCUUUUGAGAAUACAACUAUUACAACCUUUGCCAUCUUUCUUUAUUCCUUUCUUUCUUUUGAGAUUACAACCUUUGCCAUCUUUCUUUAUUCCUUUCUUUCUUUUGAGAUUACAUCUUUCUUUCUUACUUUUAUUUAUCUUCUCUUUAUUACUUUUUCUGAUUUAAUUUUUCUUUCUUUAAAUUAUUCAUUUUAUUUUAUACAAAUUUUCUUCUCUUUUUCCUUUCAGCUUAACCUGAAGAGUAGCUGUUAUCUUUCAGCUCACUCCUGCAGCUUCCAGCUCACUCCUGCAGCUUCCAGUUCACUCCUGCAGCUUCCAGCACUCCUGCAGCUUUCAGCUCACUCCUGCAGCUUCCAGCUCACUCCUGCAGCUUCCAGCUCACUCCUGCAGUCUCCAGCUCACUCCUGCAGCUUCCAGCACUCCUACCGCUUCCAGCUCACUCCUGCAGCUUCGCUCACUCCUACCGCUUCCAGCUCACUCCUGCAGCUUCCAGCACUCCUACCGCUUCCAGCUCACUCCUGCAGCUUCCAGCACUCCUACCGCUUCCAGCUCACUCCUGCAGCUUCCAGCACUCCUACCGCUUCCAGCUCACUCCUGCAGCUUCCAGCACUCCUGAAGUUUCCAGCACUCCUGCAGUUUCCAGCUCACUCCUGCAGCUUCCAGCACUCCUGCACGCCCGUUAACGUCCGGACACCGUUCCCGAACAAACGACCUCUGUCGUCUUACCAUCCACCGUUCGCAAAUAAAGACACGAUUUCCAUCGUCUACAACGGACCAUCAGCGUUUGUCAUCCUUCUUUGCUAUUGCCAUCUCCUUGCCUUUGUGUCCCCUCUUUUAGUUGUACGGUCGAUUGGCACUCACACCUCUCGGCCCGCUGCAACAAGUGUCAUUCGAUCACCACUCUUCAAGGCUCCGCUCACUCCACUCUUUGCUACUGCCUUCCCUCUGAGACGCCAGCUCACUCCUGCAGCUUCCAGCACUCCUGCAGCUUUCAGCUCACUCCUGCAGCUUCCAGCACUCCUGCAGCUUCCAGCUCACUCCUGCAGCUUCCAGCACUCCUGCAGCUUUCAGCUCACUCCUGCAGCUUCCAGCACUCCUGCAGCUUUCAGCUCACUCCUGCAGCUUCCAGCUCACUCCUGCAGCUUCCAGCUCACUCCUGCAGUCUCCAGCUCACUCCUGCAGCUUUCAGCUCACUCCUGCAGCUUCCAGCUCACUUCUGCAGCUUCCAGCGCUCCUGCAGCUUUCAGCUCACUCCCCAGCCCAGCACCCCUGCAGCUCACUCCUGCAGCUUCCAUCUCACCCCUGCAGCUUCCAGCUCACCCUGCAGUCUCUAGCUCACUCCUGCAGCUUCCAGCACUCCUGCAGCUUUCAGCUCACUCCCUGCAGCCCAGCACCCUGCAGCUUUCAGCCACUCCUGCAGCUUCCAGCUCACUCCUGCAGUCUCCAGCUCACCCCUGCAGCUUCCAGCACUCCUGCAGCUUUCAGCUCACGCCUGCAGCUUCCAGCUCACUCCUGCAGCUUCCAGCUCACUCCUGCAGCCCAGCACUCCUGCAGCUUUUCAGCUCACCCCUGCAGCCCAGCUCACCCUGCAGCUUCCAGUUCACCCCUGCAGUCUCCAGCUCACCCUGCAGCUUCCAGCACUCCUACCACUUCCAGCUCACUCCCUGCAGCUUCUGCUCACUCCUAACGCUUCCAGCUCACCCCCAGCUUCCAGCACCCCACCGCUUCCAGCUCACCCUGCAGCUUCCAGCACUCCCACCGCUUCCAGCUCACUCCUGCAGCUUCCAGCACUCCUGCAGCUUUCAGCUCACCCUGCAGCUUCCAGCACCCCUGCAGCUUUCAGCUCACUCCUGCAGCUCCAGCACUCCUGCAGCUUUCAGCUCACUCCUGCAGCUUCCAGCACUCCUGCAGCUUUCAGCUCACUCCUGCAGCUUCCAGCUCACUCCUGCAGCUUCCAGCUCACUCCUGCAGUCUCCAGCUCACACCCUGCAGCUUCCAGCACUCCUGCAGCUUCAGCUCACUCCCUGCAGCUUCCAGCUCACCCUGCAGCUUCCAGCUCACUCCUGCAGUCUCCAGCUCACCCCUGCAGCUUUCAGCUCACCCUGCAGCUUCCAGCUCACUCCUGCAGCUUCCAGCUCACUCCUGCAGUCUCCAGCUCACCCUGCAGCUUCCAGCACUCCUGCAGCUUUCAGCUCACUCCUGCAGCUUUCAGCUCCACUCCCAGCUUCCAGCACCCUGCAGCUUUCAGCUCCCCUGCAGCUUCCAGCACCCCUGCAGCUUCCAGCUCACUCCUGCAGCUUCCAGCUCACUCCUGCAGUCUCCAGCUCACUCCUGCAGCCCAGCACUCCUGCAGCUUUCAGCUCACUCCUGCAGCUUUCAGCACACUCCUGCAGCUUCCAGCUCACUCCUGCAGCUUCCAGUUCACUCCUGCAGUCUCCAGCUCACUCCUGCAGCUUCCAGCACUCCUACCGCUUCCAGCUCACUCCUGCAGCUUCGCUCACUCCUACCGCUUCCAGCUCACUCCUGCAGCUUCCAGCACUCCUACCGCUUCCAGCUCACUCCUGCAGCUUCCAGCACUCCUACCGCUUCCAGCUCACUCCUGCAGCUUCCAGCACUCCUGCAGCUUCCAGCUCACUCCUGCAGCUUCCAGCACUCCCUACCGCUUCCAGCUCACCCCUGCAGCUUCCAGCACUCCUGCAGUUUCCAGCACUCCUGCAGUUUCCAGCUCACUCCUGCAGCACUCCUGCAGUCUCCAGCUCACCCCCUGCGGCGAUCUACUGA